AUGAAUCUCCAUUAUCAUUCAAGGGGAGGAAGAAUCCAUCCUUUUUUGAACCCCCUGAUCAUUUUCCUUGCGUUUUUGGCACUUCUGGUCACUUAUGAUGGCACCCAAGCAUUGGGAUCUCCGGUGCAUGAUGUUGAUCGACCUUUUCUCGACGCCUCGCUCAAUCUCCCGCUAAAGGUCUCUCCUUCUCAUACUGAUAAGAAAUCCCAUUCUGGCCUUGCAAAGCGCGUCACUCUUAAGUGGGAUGAAUAUGUUGAAAGAGGGGCCAGUUUCCUGUGCCGCAUGGACUCGACAACCGCAACGGCCAGCGUGUGGACCGAUUAUGCUUCUCUUACAACAUGGGGAUGGGAUGAAGAUAAAAACGCCGAGGUGAUUUUCGAUGAUGCGCUUGACGAGGCCUUUGAGGAAGCACUGGCUCUUACAGCGGCAAACAUUCAAGACAAUUUCAAGUUCAUCAGUAUGGCGCAGAUUCAGAGUUUUGUGCUCGGUGGAAAACCAAAAAACCCCACCAAGGGGUAUUUUGCCAACUCUUACAAUGUCAUUGACGGUGUCAUCGUUGCCGAUGAUUUACUUUCCCCCAACCAGACAGGCGCGAAAGAACUCCCAGAACUCAAAAACUGGUCUGACGUAACCUUUUUGGUCUGGAAAAGAUUGGCCGCAGUUGCGAACACAGAUAUCAACAAUAUCAAAUAUGUCUUCCAUGCCACUAUCAGUAAUGGUGUUACAAAUUUGAUUAUUAAUGAGGCAUUUGCUAAAAGCGACAAGACUCUGGGCGACUGGGCCAAUGCAGUGACCUUUGAGAUGACUACAGAUGCAGGAAAAGCUCUCUUAGGUAGCCCCAAUGGAAGUGCUGUUGGAUGGUUCAUUGUUCAGCAUAAGGCCGCAUUUGGGGAGAAGCGGAAGGUGAAGUCGGUGACUGUUUGGGCGGAUGGGAAUGAUAGAAAUAUGUUCUUCACUCUGAAUGAUCCCAGCUGA